AUCCAGAUUUACGUGACGUGAGCGCGAUGCACGCUCGUGUUUGUCUCUUUAAAUCCUAAAGGAGACGAAGCAACAACACUGGAAUUCUUCUAUGAAUGCAAUGAAAACAAAGUCAAUGUGAACCCUUAUGGCCGUGACCAAACAUUGAUUGAAUCCGCGCUUGUGUAAAAUGAGCUAACAAGAAAAAAAGAUUGAGCCAGCAAUGAUCCCAGAUCCAUCAACACCUACCUCCAGGCCACUCAAGCAUAAUGAGAAUUAUGCAAUUCAUUCAGCUGGAGCAGUCAGCCAUUCCGGGGAUGAAUCUGGAAACGAAAACAGACGUAAAAGUGCGAGAGGGAAGAAAAGGCCCCGGAUGUGCUCUGAGAACACCACGCAGGCCCGGGGUAAGGCGAGCCCAGGCAGCCCGGGCAGAGCAGGUGGCGGUGGGGGGAGGCGGGGCCGGGUGCAGGCCGUCAGCCUGUUUGAGGUGGUCACCAUGGGACGGGACGCCAUGCAGACGGUGAUUGGUGAUUGGAUCGAGACUUAUGCGAUGGACAGGGACUCGGCCCUCUUGGAUCUCAUCAGCUUUUUCAUUCAGUGCUCCGGGUGCAAAGGGGUGGUCACAGCCGAGAUGUGUCAGAGUAACCGGGUUCAGGACCGCGGUGACAUCUUGAGCAAGAUGGUGGAGAAGGUGGAUGAGGAAUCUGGCCUGCAAUAUAAGAAGUUCAUGGCGUUCCCCUGGAUCCUUACAGUCACCUGGCCUAUGGACAUGGACUGCGCUGAGUACCCUCUGAUCCAGUCGGGUCCGUACGGCCGCUGGUUCCACUCUGAGUUCGGUGACUUUGUGUCGGUGUUGGUGUCCCAGUGUCAGCACUGCGUCGUGUUCGACGGCUACCUGAUGAACGCCCUGGUGUCCCUGCUCACGGAGCUCUCCGACUCCUGCGUGCGGGCCUUCAGACACACGUGCACACUGGCAGCUGUGAAGAUUCUGAGCGCCCUGGUUGCCGUGGCGCUGAGCCUGAGCACAGUGAUGGAGAACUCCCAGAAGCUGCACGGCGUGGAGAGGAGGAAGACCUCCGGGAGGCAGGGCAGCCCCCGACUGGACAGGAUGAAGAAGAAGAUUGCUGAGCUGCAGGAGAAAAGGUUGGAGAUAGAGAGCAUCAUGGACACCAUCUUCAAAGGAGUGUUCCUCAAGAGAUACCGGGACGUGCUGCCAGAGAUCCGCUCCAUGUGUACAGAGGAACUGUGUUUGUGGAUGAAGCUCUACAGCACUGCAUUUCUCACCGACAGCUACCUCAAAUACAUCGGCUGGAUGAUGCACGAUAAGAUACCAGAAGUGCGACUCAAGUGUGUGCUCGGCCUGCAGGGUCUGUACGGAGACCCUCUUCUGUUGACCAAACUAGACCUGUUCACCAGCCGCUUCAAAGACAGGCUCAUCUCCAUGACGCUGGACAGGGACAACGAAGUAGCGCUGCAGGCUAUGAAGCUCCUCAUUCUCAUUUCCAAGUCGUGCGAGGAAGUGCUUGAAGAGGGAGACUACCAGCAGCUGUAUCGGUUUGUCUUCUCCUCACAGCGGCCCCUGGCGGCCCUGGCGGGGGAACUGCUCUACUCGAGGCUGCUCAACGCCCCCGCCCCCGGGUCUGAAGGUCAGGAGGGGGCGGGCGAGGGGGAAGCACGUGGGCAGGACGUGCACACGGAGCGGACCCUGGUCAGGCUCCGGGCCCUGUUGACCUUCUACAUGCAGUCUGAGCUCCAUAAGCAUGUGGUUUACCUGGUGGACGGUCUGUGGGACUGUGCUGGGGACCUGCUCAAAGACUGGCCCACGCUCACCCACAUACUGCUGCAGGAGGCACCUCCGCAGUGCACAGGUCUGACGGAGGCAGAGCAGGCGGUCGUGGUGGAGGUGCUGGUGGCGUCUGUGCGUCAGGCCGCUGAGGGACCUUCACUGGUGGGCAGGAGCGGAGGAAAAAAGGUCUCGAAUGCCAAGGAGAGAAAGACUCAGUCGGACGACUGCGCUAAACUCACCCAGCAAUUCCUGAGCGCGCUUCCCAAGCUGCUGUCGAAGUUUGCAGGCCGCUGGGACGCAAUAGCCUCCCUGAUGAAGAUUCCCCAGUUCUUCGUCCCUGAGUGUCUUACAGCAGAGAACACACAGGCCGCCUCAGAGGAGCUGAUCAGGGAGAUGGGAGCCGUGGUGGACCACCCCUCCGGACCCCCCGCCGUGCUGGAGGCGGUGUCCCGGGCCUACCUGCGCCUGUGUGGGGGGGACACGGCCUGGCACCCCGCCGCCCGCCCGGCCCGGGACGCCCUGGUCCAACGCUGGAAGGACAGACUCAUCUCACAGCUGGGGGUCGGCCUAAAGGAAGACACCUUCUGCGCCGACAUCGACCAAACCGGAGAAAUGUUGUCCACGCUGAGGAAGCUCAGAGCGUUUUACAAUUGCCACGACCUGUCGCAGUGGGACCUGUUUGAGCUGCUGUCUCCUCUGCUGUCCGUGGGCUGCCUGCAGGGUGGGGUUCCAUCUGAGGUAAUCCUGGAGGUUCUGCAGUGCCUGUUCAACGCCGUGCUGUGGAACCUCCACACCAGCGGGAGAACGCUCUCCUCCAGAGACAAGGCAGUGGCCCAGAGGCAGCAGCUGAGUGCCUUCUGUGAGACCAGCUACCGAUGUCUCUCCCACGCUGACGCCGCUGUUAAGGAGCAGGCCUUCCUGGGUGUGUGUGACGUCCUGGCGGCUCACUCCUACCAGCUGAACGUGUGGGAGCCCGCGUCUUGUGGCCCGCUGCUCUACACCCCCGGUCCCAGACUGCAGAGGGCGCUGCAGGCCUUCCUCCUGGAGCAGGUGUUGGUGGGACCCGACAGCGAUGCACACAGCAGAGUCUGCCUCGCCUCGGAGGGGGAGAGGCAGGAGGAUCACCAGAAGCGGCGCACUCUGCUGGCCGCCUACUGCAAGCUCCUGGUGCACGGUGUGCUGGAGAUGAGCAAUGCCUCUGUCGUCUUCACCCACUACACCAAGUAUUACAAUGACUUCGGGGACAUCAUCAAGGAGACUCUGUACCGGACCAGGCAGACGGAUAAGAUCGGGAGCGCUCGCACGCUGUUGCUCUGUCUGCAGGAGCUGUACGUGCGUCUGAAGCAGGAGCAGCGUUGUGGCGGUGGGGGGCCCCCCGGGGUCCAGACCUUCACCAGCAUCAAGGAGCUGGCUCGCCGCUUCGCCCUCACCUUCGGGGACCCCGCCAAGUUCCGCGAGUCCGUCACCAUGAUCCACAGGAGCGGCAUCGAGUUUGUGUUCAGCGGGUUCGUCCAGGCCCCCGACGCGGCCUGCCCCCCCUACCUCACCUACCUCACCAUCCUCAGCGAGUUCUCCAGCAAACUCCUCAAGCCAGACAAGAAAACCCUCUUCUGCUUCCUCCAGCGGCAGACGGCCGACCACGUGGUCCACUCGAGAGAGGACUGCUGGCAGCCCCUCGUCUACUACCGGGCCUCCCUGCUGGCCACGGCCGCCGCCGGGGGCGAGGGCGAGGACGUAGCCUCCUACGUCAGCUGCGACCGGAGGCCUCACCCGCCCAGCCGCUCUCCUAAUGUGAACAAGCAGCAGGGCCAGGUCAGCCCAGUGGACAGCAGGAGCAACAGAGCCAGCGUCUCCUCAAGCCUCCCAGAGGACAGGAGUGAGGCCGGACCGUCACCCGUCGCCAUGGAAACUCGGACGGCGGCGACGGUCAUGGAGGAACUUCACCACGUCAUGGGUAAAGAGACGGGCGAUGAACUGGUGGAGGUGGACCUGUGACCCAAAGGUACAAGGCCCCCAUGAUGGGGAGGAUGGGAUGUCCUCCUGACCGCCGUGGGUCAUGCAUCUGAUCGUCAUGCCAACCUUUACAAAAUGAAUGAAUUACACCUUGUCCCAAAUGGAAAGAAGGUGAGGGCUUGUGAUGUACAGACAAACCAACAUGUUUUGUUUUCUAUAACCUGACCAACCCGAGGAUUUUUGCACACGUAAAUUGUUUUGUAAAGCCUUUUCCUUUAUUUAUUCAUUAAAUCAUGUGCUUAAUGGUGCUGGUGUAAUUACACAACAUGCAUAUAAGGAUAUACUUUGGAAUUGUGUGCUGCAAUAUUUUUGAAACUGCCUUUGAAUACUGAUUGUUUGUUCUACGAAAAAUGCAGAAAUAUAGUUGGAUAAGCUUCUAAAGGACUUUCGGUCGGCACCAAAGUGUUUCUGGAAGACUAUCCGGCACCUAAGGAGGGGGAAACGGGGAACCAUCCAAGCUGUGUACAGUAAGG